GUAAAUCCCUUUGACUUCAGCGAAACGUUUCGGUUGAGAAGUUUUUGCCGGGAUAGGUUUUGCCAGUAGGAACAAGUAGACUGGGACGGCUGGAAAAGACGACUCAUUUUGGUUUGCAAUCUUCGGAACUUGAUUGUCGUACUCUGUUACUGCCCCAAGGUCCCAACUUCCAAGUUCAGUUUGAAAGGGAGGUGUCGUCCUUGAUGUCAAAAUUCUCGCUGCCCAAGUUCCAGUAACCAGUUCCUCCUCCUCCUCCACAAGAAAGAAGACUAGGAAUUUCAAUUUCCUUCCUUUUCCGCACCACACCGCCCUCAGCAACCAAGCAAGAGAAUGGAGGAGGCUCAAAAUGGCACCGGAAACUCGGUGCCACCAGCAGAGAUCGAGGACGACUCCGUUAUCGGACCGGGUCCUGCCCCGCGGGCCCGCCCCAAGCGUCCUCUCCAGUUCGAGCAGGCCUACCUCGACUCACUUCCCUCAGCUAACAUGUAUGAGAAAAGCUAUAUGCACCGUGAUGUGGUAACGCAUGUUGCUGUCUCUUCAGCAGAUUUUUUCAUAACUGGAAGCGCUGACGGGCAUUUGAAGUUUUGGAAGAAAAAGGGCGUUGGUAUCGAGUUUGCAAAGCAUUUUAGAUCCCACCUGGGUCCAAUUGAAGGUCUAGCAGUUAGUGUUGAUGGGCUGCUUUGUUGUACAAUUUCAAGUGAUCGAUCUGUGAAGAUAUAUGAUGUGGUCAACUAUGACAUGAUGGUCAUGAUACGCCUACCAUUUGUUCCUGGUGCUGUUGAAUGGGUCUACAAACAAGGAGAUGUCAAAGCUAGGCUUGCUGUUAGUGAUCAAAAUUCAAGAUUUGUGCACAUAUUUGAUGCACGAGCUGGUUCAAAUGAACCUAUCAUAUCCAAAGAGAUACACAUGGUCCCAGUAAAGGAAAUGAAAUACAACCAUGUAUUUGAUGCUGUGAUAUCUGCGGAUGUGAAGGGAAUCAUUGAGUAUUGGAGCCCUGCUACACUUGAGUUCCCAGAGAAUGAGGUGAAUUUUAGAUUGAAAAGUGAUACGGAUCUCUUUGAAAUUGUGAAAUGCAAAACUUCCGUUUCUGCUAUUGAGGUGAGCCCUGAUGGUAAGCAGUUUUCUAUUACAUCGCCCGAUCGUAGGAUACGUGUGUUUUGGUUCAGAACAGGGAAACUAAGACGGGUUUAUGAUGAGUCCCUUGAGGUGGCCCAAGAUCUUCAGAGAAGUGAUGCUCCUUUAUACCGACUGGAAGCUAUUGAUUUUGGGCGAAGAAUGGCUGUCGACAAGGAAAUUGAGAAAACUGAAAGCGCACCACAACCAAAUGCAGUUUUUGAUGAAAGCUCAAAUUUUCUUAUAUAUGCUACCCUCCUCGGGGUAAAAGUAGUGAACUUGCAUACCAAUAAAGUUGGCCGAAUUCUUGGAAAGGUGGAGAACAAUGAAAGGUUCUUGAGAAUCUCAUUAUAUCAAGGUGAUCGAAGCAGUAGAAAGGUUAGAAAAAUUCCUGCAGCAGCAGCAAAUGUCAAUGAGAGCAAAGAGCCUUUGACAGAUCCCACUCUUCUGUGUUGUGCUUUCAAAAAGCAUAGAAUAUAUCUAUUCAGUCGAAGGGAACCUGAGGAGCCUGAAGAUGCAACUAAGGGAAGAGAUGUGUUUAAUGAAAAGCCUCCUCCUGAUGAACUUCUAGCUGCAUCAGAUAUUGGAAAGGCUGUCACAACAUCUCUUCCCGACAAUGUGCUUUUGCAUACCACAAUGGGUGAUAUUCACAUGAGAUUGUACCCAGAGGAAUGUCCAAAAACUGUGGAGAACUUUACGACGCACUGCCGCAACGGCUACUAUGAUAAUCUCAUUUUUCACCGUGUCAUCAAAGGUUUCAUGGUACAGACAGGAGAUCCGCUGGGAGAUGGCACUGGCGGGCAAUCUAUUUGGGGAAGAGAAUUUGAGGAUGAAUUUCAUAAAAGUUUACGACAUGACAGACCUUUUACAGUGUCAAUGGCAAAUGCUGGCCCAAACUCCAAUGGAUCUCAGUUUUUUAUCACCACGGUUGCAACCCCUUGGCUGGACAAUAAACAUACAGUUUUUGGUAGAGUUAUAAAGGGAAUGGACGUUGUACAGGCUAUAGAGAAAGUGAAGACAGAUAAGGGUGACAAGCCGUACCAAGAUGUGAAAAUUUUAAAUGUGACAGUUCCCAAGUCUUAGUUGAGCUGUCAAGAUAUGGUUUGUUGUCCUUAUUGCUGACCUUUGGCUGCAAUCAUAGAACAGGUAUACCGUGUUUGCAUUUGAGAGGCAGACAAGGAGUAUUUAUUUUAGUUUGUAAUCACUGCUGAAAACAUCUUGGUCAACCUAGUUCCCACUGAGAUGUGGGGUCUUGUUCAUGUAAGAGUAAUUUCUCUAGCUGAAAUGUUCGUCUUAAUCCUUUUCUAAACUGUGGGGGAAAUUCUGCAUCCGAUAUAUACUGUAGAUUUUAUUAUUUUUGUAUUCUCAUGAUACUCAUUUGAU